CAGUUACAGUUGUCUGAUUAGUCGGUUACAAGAUGCCUGAACCUGCUAAGUCUGCCCCCAAGAAGGGUUCCAAGAAAGCGGUGACUAAAACCGCCGGGAAAGGAGGAAAGAAAAGAAAGAGGACUAGGAAGGAGAGCUACGCCAUCUACGUUUACAAGGUGCUGAAGCAGGUGCACCCCGACACCGGGAUCUCCUCCAAGGCCAUGAGCAUCAUGAACUCGUUCGUGAACGACAUAUUUGAGCGCAUCGCUUCUGAGGCUUCUCGUUUGGCCCACUACAACAAGCGCUCCACCAUCACCUCCAGGGAGAUCCAGACCGCUGUCCGCCUCCUUCUGCCCGGUGAGCUGGCCAAGCACGCUGUGUCUGAGGGCACCAAAGCUGUCACAAGUACACCAGCUCUAAGUAAACUCCUUCACAAACCCAAAGGCUCUUUUAAGAGCCACCCACAUAUUUUAGUGAGAAGUUAUCCUAUUGCUGAAUUUUCUACCUCAUACCCAUCGUGCAUAUCACAAGCAGGCUUGAAGCACACCUCACCUCCAGCACUGCAACCUCACCAGGGUUAAAAAAAAUCUGAUGUU